UGCACAACUCAAUAUUUACAGUAGUUCCAUUACUACUUUUGACUAAAACUUAAGUAGUUGGUUUUAGGACCUAAACUUGGCACAAAUAGUAAGGGAAUUUGUAUUUGGUAGAUUAUUCCUUUUUUAUAACAAUGCUUCUGGGCAAUAAAUCGUAUACCAUUGGAAAGCCUGUUCAUUUACCUUUUAAAUGGUGCCAUAUUUGUAAGGACCACUUAGCAUAUUUUUCUUUAAGGCCAAGUUAUGAACAGAGAAAUAACAGCGCCUGCUGGAGUCACAGCCUUUGUGCGAUGAACAGUAGAGCUGAGAUGUGGGUUGUACACAUGAAAAACUUGCCAAAUACAGCUUAUUCUGUUGUUGCUACUGACACUUGUUUUGAGUUUUUAACACCCAUAGGUGCUGCCAAAUCAUGUGCCUGGUAUAAGAUUUAUUUCCAAGAAGCAUUGUUACAAAGAAAAAAUCUAAAGUAUACAAAUUUUUUACAUUUUGUGCCAAGUAUGUUUCUUUUCUCAUUUUGUUUUUACUUGUUUAGCUUUAUCAAACUGUAAAGUGAGUCACAAAUGUUUUAUAACUUCUGCUCACAUCAGGUCACCCUAAAGCCAAAGCUUUCAUCACUCAUGGUGGUGCAAAUGGGGUUUAUGAGGCCAUCUAUCACGGUGUUCCCAUGGUGGGAAUCCCCAUGUUUGCUGAACAACCAGACAACAUGGUGCACAUGAAGGCCAAAGGAGUUGCAGCUAACGUUGACUUUAACUCCAUGACAAUUGAGGAUCUCAGAAAUGCAAUCAACACGGUCAUCAAUGACGAAUC